CUCGUUGGCGCCGUAGCGGAAGGAGCAUACCAGUGUUUUCCGUAGUCAUCGUUAGCUAGCAGAAGAUACCUUCCCCGACCGUUGUUGUCCCAGAUAAAAUAUAUCUGUUAUUUAGCCAAGUUUAUAUUUGCCAAAAUGCCGUUGGAAAAUCUGGAAGAAGAGGGUCUGCCUAAAAACCCUGAUCUUAGGAUAGCACAGCUGAAAUUUUUGCUCACGAUGGAUGGUCACCGACAAGAUGUCAAAGUGAAAACCGAGCUCAUGGACUCAAUAAAAGAAAACAAUAUGGCACCUUACUACGAGAGCCUGUGUAAAGACCUGAAGUGGCAGCUUGACACAGACCUGCUGAUUAAGAUGAAGAAGGCCAACGAGGACGAGCUGAAACGCCUGGAUGACGUCCUGGAAGAUGCCGAGAAGAACCUUGGGGAGAGUGAAAUUCGAGAUGCAAUGAUGGCUAGAGCUGAAUAUCUCAUCAGAAUUGGGAAUAAGGAGGAAGCGUUGACUGCCUUCAGAAAGACCUUUGAUAAGACUGUGGCCCUGGGACAUCGACUAGACAUUGUGUUCUACCUGCUAAGGAUUGGACUGUUCUACAUGGACAGUGACCUCAUCACGCGUAACACUGAGAAAGCCAAAAGCCUUAUUGAGGAGGGGGGUGACUGGGACAGGAGGAACCGUCUCAAGGUGUACCAGGGCUUGUACUGUGUGGCCAUCCGCGACUUUAAACAGGCUGCUGAGCUCUUCCUGGACACAGUGUCCACCUUCACCUCCUACGAGCUCAUGGACUACAAGACCUUUGUCACAUACACCGUCUACGUCUGCAUGAUUGCCCAGAAGAGGCCCGACCUCAGAGAAAAGGUGAUAAAGGGAGCAGAGAUCCUGGAGGUGCUGCACAGUCUCCCUGCUGUCCGCCAGUACCUCUUCUCACUCUAUGAGUGUCGCUAUUCCGUUUUCUUCCAGUCACUGGCCACAGUGGAGCAGGAUAUGAAGAAGGACUGGCUGUUUGCCCCUCAUUACCGUUACUAUGUGAGGGAGAUGCGUAUCCAUGCCUACAGCCAGCUCCUGGAGUCCUACCGCUCACUCACCCUGGGCUACAUGGCUGAGGCCUUUGGAGUCAGCACAGAGUUCAUUGACCAGGAACUCUCACGAUUCAUAGCUGCUGGUCGCCUCCAUUGCAAAAUCGACAAAGUAAACGAGAUUGUGGAAACAAACAGACCUGAUAGUAAGAACUGGCAGUACCAGGAGACCAUCAAGAAAGGGGACCUGCUGCUCAACCGUGUCCAGAAGCUGUCUCGAGUUAUCAACAUGUAAAAUGGAUGGCAGUGUUACCAUUGUUCUUUGGGUGGGAGAGCUGGAUUUUUCUGUUGUACCAGUAUCCAAACCAAUAGUUUGUCUGAAGAAGUGACCCUUAUAUUGUGUAUAUACAAUUCUUUUCGGUGACUUCGGUUUCCUUUGAUACAGACUUGAAUGAAAGAGUUAACGAUUUUACAGAAAUAAAAUCAGUAAAGAAGCGG